UUACUCUAUUAACCAUCUACCAUUCUAACACUCUUUUGCAACUUCCCUUUUGGCCCCCUUCCGAAUCAGUUCAUUGAGAUCUCUCUCAUUCUAUAGUAGAAAAAUAUCAAUGUCAAUUUCUCUUGCAUAUUAUUAUUGCUAUAAUUCCUCUGCGUAAUCAAAAAACCUUAUAUAUUCUCCCAAAAGCUCGUCUUCCUCAACCUUCUACUUCUACUAGUGGUAGAGGCCAUAUCGUGGUUGCGAACGUAAUUUAUAAGUCAUUGCUUCCAUAGCAUGAAAAUGUUAUUCAUUUGGUUCUUAUUAUUCUCCUACCUGAUUACUACUUCCACUUCACUAGACAGUUUAGCAGUGGGUCAAUCUAUCAGAGAUGGUGAUACCUUGGUUUCUGCAAGUGGAAUUAUUGAAGUGGGUUUCUUCAGUCCAGGAAAUUCAACAAGACGAUACUUGGGUAUAUGGUACACAAACGUAUCCCCUUUAACAGUGGUGUGGGUGGCCAACAGAAAUAACCCUCUUGAUGAUAAAUCAGGACUUCUCAAACUCAAUGAAAAAGGGAUUCUUGUGCUUCUCAAUGCUACAAACAACACUAUUUGGUCUUCCAACAUAUCAAGCAACGAAGGGAAUAAUCCAACUGCUCAUCUUUUGGAUUCCGGAAAUUUUGUUGUGAAAAAUGGACAAGAAAUCAACAUGGACAGUGUCUUGUGGCAAAGUUUUGAUUAUCCGGGUGAUACAUGGCUGUCAGGUAUGAAAGUUGGAUGGAACUUAGAGACUGGUCUAGAAAGAUAUGUAUCAUCUUGGAAAAGUAUUGAAGAUCCUGCUGAGGGAGAAUAUGCUUUUAAAAUGGAUCUUAGAGGAUAUCCUCAAGUAAUUAAAUUCAAGGGACAUGAUAUAAUAAUGAGAGAAGGAUCAUGGAAUGGUUUGUCUCUAGUUGGAAAUCCGGCUCCAUCUCAAUCGUCAUUAAAAUUUGUGUCCAAUGAAAAAGAGGUCUAUUUUGAGUUUGAGCUUCUUGAUAGACCGUUCUUCGAGGUAGUUACACUGACCCCUUCAGGUGCAGGGAAGAUUUUGUUUUGGUCAACUCAAAGAAGCACUCGGCAAGUGGCCUUCACAAGUGAGGAGAAAGAUCAAUGCGAGAGUUAUGCCUUUUGUGGUGCAAAUUCUAUUUGCAAUUAUGAUGGUAACUCUCCAACUUGUGAAUGCCUGAGAGGGUAUGUUCCCAAGUAUCCUGAUCAAUGGAAUGUGGCAAUUUGGUCCGAUGGUUGUGUUCCAAGGAAUAUAUCUAAUUGCAAAAACAGUUAUGCAGAUGGCUUCUUGAAGUACACACACUUGAAAUUGCCAGACACGUCUUCAUCAUGGUUUAAUAGAACCAUGAACCUUGAUGAAUGUCGGAAGUCAUGUCUUAAAAAUUGUUCCUGUGCAGCAUAUGCAAAUUUAGAUAUUCGUGAUGGAGGAAGUGGCUGUCUACUUUGGUUUAAUACUUUAGUAGACUCGAGGAAAUUCCCUCAAUGGGGACAAGACUUGUAUGUCAGAGUCCCUGCUUCAGAAUUAGAUCAUGCUGGCCAUGGAAACAUCAAGAAAAGGACAAUAGAAAUCACUGUUGGUGUGAUUCUUUUUGGAUUAGUCACAUGUGCAUGCAUAUUUAUAAUAAAAAAUCCAGGAAUAGUAAGAAAACUUAAUAGCAAGCCCUACAAAAUUAAACAUAGACACGAAGUUGCUGAUUUGCCAACUUUCAAUUUGUCGGUCUUAUCUAAUGCUACUGAAAACUUUUCAACCAAAAACAAGCUAGGAGAAGGUGGCUUUGGACCAGUAUACAAGGGCAUACUGAUAGAUGGACAAGAGUUAGCGGUGAAAAGGCUUUCAAAGAAAUCUGGCCAAGGGUUAGAAGAGUUCAAAAACGAAGUAGCUUUGAUCGCAAAACUUCAGCACCGUAAUCUUGUAAAACUUGUGGGUUGUUGCAUCGAUGGGGAAGAAAAAAUGUUAAUUUAUGAAUACAUGGCUAACAAAAGCUUGGACAACUUUGUUUUUGACGAGACCAAAAAGAGGUUGCUAGAUUGGCAUAAGCGUUUCAACAUCAUUAGUGGCAUAGCUCGAGGACUUUCAUAUCUUCAUCACGAUUCUAGGCUGAGGGUUAUUCAUAGAGAUCUUAAAACUAGUAACAUUUUACUAGAUGCAAAUUUGGAUCCUAAAAUAUCAGACUUUGGCUUGGCUCGAUUAUUUUUGGGAGAUCAAGUUGAGGCAAACACAAAUAAGGUGGCUGGAACAUAUGGUUAUAUACCUCCAGAGUAUGCUACACGUGGACAUUUUUCAAUGAAAUCAGAUGUUUUUAGUUAUGGUGUGAUAAUAUUAGAGAUUGUAAGUGGGAAAAAAAACAGAGAAUUUUCAGACGCAGAAAACAGCAAUAAUCUUCUUGGCCAUUCAUGGAAAUUAUGGACUGAAGAGAGGACAAUGGAACUACUGGAUGAAGUGAUAGGAAAACAAUUUGCACCCUCGGAAGUCAUGCGAUGCAUACAGGUAGGACUACUAUGUGUGCAACAAAGACCGGAAGAUAGGCCAAACAUGUCAUCUGUUAUUUUAAUGUUGAAUGGUGAUAAAUUAUUGCCAAAUCCAAAGGUUCCUGCUUUUUACAUCGAGAAAGAUGUUACUUAUGAAGAAAAUUCUGCACCCUCAAAUCACAUAUUGGGCUCAGUUAAUGAGCUUUCCAUCACAAUGUUAGAUGCAAGAUAGAAAAUGAUUAGGUUUCAGCUUAUGUGAUACAUAUCAGUUAUUUGAUUAUACAUGCAUAACUAGUGAAAGAGCUAUUAUGAACUCCAGCUUUUAACUUUGUUCAUGUAUCCAAACUGAUGUUUGGGAUAAGCAUACUAUUAAAGAGUGUGUAUUUGUGUUUGUAAAUACGGUUGAAUAAUCAAUUAUAUGAAUU